CUUCACUCCGCGGUGCCGUCGUAGUGUGAGGCCGUCUUCAUCUCGACCACACGCAAUGUCGUACCGCGUCUUCUCGCGAGACGACGGUCUCCAUUACGAAGGCGAGUGGAACAGCAACUUUCAACAUUCCACCCAAUCAGACGCAAUGACAGGCCUAGGCAGGGGCGUGUUCACAGACACCAGUUUCUAUGAGGGCGAGUGGCAGCGCGGAUUCCCGCAUGGCUACGGCGUCUUCUCAGCAGCCGACGGAUCCAAAUUCGCCGGCGAAUGGCGAGAAGAGCAACUGCACGGUCUGGCCGUGCUCACCAACCGUCUGAAGGGACGACAGUAUGAAGGCGAGUACGUCAACGGGAAGUGUGACGGGUAUGGAGUGUUUGCCGUGUCGUCUGGUGAGAGGUAUGCCGGACAUUGGUGUAGGGACUCGUAUGACGGUCUGGGGCGGUUCUAUUCGCGGGACGGAACGAGCAAGGAGGGUGUUUGGAAGUGUGAUGAGCUGGUGGAGAUCGCUGACGCCUCUGAUGCGGUAGGGAGAGCCGAAUUGGCUGUUAAGAACGCGCAGAAGGCAGCAAAGAUUGCAGAUGAGAAGUCGAUUGAAGCUCUAGAUGCUGCUGAAAUAGCAAGACAGGAACAAGAAGCUGCUGAUGCUGCUGAACUGUCAGCUUCAAUAUUAGAGGGUCGUGCAUACCGUGCUCUCUACCAAUACGAUGCAAGAUCAGAAGACGAAGCGUCAGUGGAAGAAGGAGAUAUCAUCAUCAAUGCAGAAUCAGUUGAUGACCCGCUGUGGUUCAGAGGGCAAGUACAACGGACUGGUCAGAUGGGCCUCAUUCCUCUGGAAUACGUCGAACAGAUAGUUAGCGAAGAGUAGACAAACACACACACACACACACA